UCCCUACAGGCCCGCCUAGUUUUCUUGAAGGGGUCAUCGCGGCUGCUCGCUGCGUUUGUUCUGGAACCAUCUGCUCGUUCCAGCUCCACGUCUGCCAUCACUCGCUCGCCCUGCACUUCUAGUCCUCUGGGCCGUGCCUGUCUCCAGAUCUUCAAACACCUCGCCAUCGUCACCGCCACCCGUGCGCUAUCUCGCCGCCCGACGCACACGCCAUGGCUCGCAGCAGACGCCCCGCAGCGCGCCCCGCCCCUCGCGCCAUGCCGGCUGCGGCUCCCCGCGCUCCUCCUCCCGCCCCUGCCGCGGCACCGGCUCCUGCGCCCAUGCAGCAGAGCAGCGGCGGAGGCGGCAUGCUGGGCGGCAUGAUGGGGAUGGUUGGACAAGGGCUGGCGUUCGGCACGGGCAGCGCCAUUGCGCACCGCGCCAUGGACGCCGUGGUGGGGCCGCGCACCGUCACGCACGAACACGUUGGCGCGGCCGACGCUGCUCCCGCGCCCGCUGCCGCUGCCGCCCCUGCCAUGGCACCUGCAUCCGCUGAUGCAUGCACGUACCACGCCAAGGCGUUCGCUGACUGUGUGCAGGCAAAUGGCACGGACAUUGCCAAGUGCCAGUUCUACAUUGACAUGCUCAACGACUGCAAGAAGCAGCACGGUCUGUCUGCUUGAGUCUGCCAUCCACUGGCCUUGUGUGCAGGGGCAUUAGAUUAUGGUGUGCUAGCAAUUAGGGUUUGCUGUAACUGAACUUCGCAUUUACCUGCAUCCAUGUCUUACUAUAUGACGUAUUGAUCCUUAAGACUGUUGUGAUGAAUGAAGUUUUGC